CAUUACAACGUCAACAGCGACAACAAUUGCAUUCUGGUAUACUGAAGCAAAGCGAAGAGAAUACAAGCAUUCAGUGGGAACGAUGGCUCGCAUACGGUUUGUGCUAUUGCAGUCGAUUGUGAUAAAUUUGUUUUUUGUUGCACCAUUUUCCACAUCCACUGAGUUUUCUGACAAUUUAGGCUCAUCACAUCGCCAUGAAACAUCCGAGAAUGAUGAACAGGGGAACAAUAUCGAGAUCAACAAUAAAACCACCAACACACAAACCUCGACACAAACAACACCAACGAAAACGUUUGAGUCCAUAUAUUACAAUAGCGAAGUAAUGGUCAACAAAACGUUAUCGGAUGAGUACUGGUCAGAUGGCAAAAAUUUCACAGUCAGCCAAUUACUUUCAACAUCAGUCCGCAAAUCUAUCAAAUUGAUAAAAGAGUUCAAUUGGGGUGAAAUUAACACAUUACAACGUAAACAGCGACAACAAUUGCAUUCUGGUAUACUGAAGCAAAGCGAAGAGAAUACAAGUAUUCAGUGGGAACGAUGGCUCGCAUACGGUUUGUGCUAUUGCAGUCGAUUGUGAUAAAUUUGUUUUUUGUUGCACCAUUUUCCACAUCCACUGAGUUUUCUGACAAUUUAGGCUCAUCACAUCGCCAUGAAACAUCCGAGAAUGAUGAACAGGGGAACAAUAUCGAGAUCAACAAUAAAACCACCAACACACAAACCUCGACACAAACAACACCAACGAAAACGUUUGAGUCCAUAUAUUACAAUAGCGAAAUAAUGGUCAACAAAACGUUGUCGGAUGAGUACUGGUUAGAUGGCAAAAAUUUCACAGUCAGCCAAUUACUUUCAACAUCAGUCCGCAAAGCUAUCGAGGUACCGCUGACAUUUGCCUUUCCAUAUUAUGGGGAUCCCUUACAUUACAUAAUAAUUAAUUCUGGGGGUUUCCUGUUUACCGGAGGUAGAGAUCGCGCAUUUUUAACAAGAAUGCAGUACAUUGCACCAUUAAUGAUGAACUUCAACGCCAGUUUAUCAAAUGUCACAACCGUGAAGUAUUCUGACAAUGGGACUGCAUUUACGGUCGUAUGGGAAAAGAUUCCGCUGCAGGAGAAAGCGAAUAAAACAUUGCGACUUUUCACAUUUGGUGUGACUAUUCACGAAUCAGGCCAUAUAACAUUUGCAUACCGUGUCAUACCAGUGCCAUUAAAUGAGAACUUAAGUAGUGUACUCAAAGUGGGUCUAUCUGACGGUUAUUCCUUCUAUAAAAAAAUGAAACCUUUAAAUAUUUCUUUCUUACGCGCUGACGAAUAUGAUGUCGUUAAGUUUGAUUGGGAAUACAUUCAAAACGAAACGCUGAUCUAUAAUUCGCCGCGACCAACUUGUUUACAACACACAAAUUGCGAAGCAUGCGUUCAACCAACCGAAAAUAUGUCACACUGGCUUAAAUGCUCAUGGUGUCAAGCAGCGAAGUGUUGCUCUAGCAGAUCUGAUCGCAACAAAAAAAAAUGGGAUAACAAUACUUGUCUAGGUGGCAUUUCAGACGCAGAGUCCUGUCCAGCCCAUAAUGUAAGUGGCUUCAACGAGCAUACAGACAUACUUUAAAAAUAAAUGCUGGAAGCAGAAAACUAUUACAUGCAUGGAACAAGAUUUUUUGUACUUUGACAUUGAAAUUGGCAAAAAUAAAAAAUUUAGCCUGGCGA